CAGGGUCAGCUCGUCCCGCCGCGGGGGCAGGAUCUGGGCCCGCCCCCUCAGCCGGCAAGGACUAAAGGCGGCUUCGCGUGCUGAGCCCGCUAUCGCUGCUUCUGCCGCUGCUCGGAGGAGCUGGUGCCAGGCGAGCGGGCGGCUCCCUGCACCCCUAGCUCAGGGAAGCAUGCCUGAUGAGCAUCCUGUGUGUGCUGGAGUUGCAGAAUCUAUGCCUGCCCUGUGCUCUUGAAGUCCUACACAGCCCUGCCUGACGUCUCUCAGGAUGAUGUCCAUGUGGAUGUUGCCUCCAGCCCUGUGAAGGACGAUCUCUGUGUUCCAGGAGAAGGUAAAACUGAGAAUACUGAAAGAAAGGCUCCUCAGGCAGAAAUGCAUCAAUCCAAAAUGGGAGAAGUGGCUCAUGGUGGAUCCCCAGGAUUGACCUCCUCAGAUGGUCGUGCUCUGUGGACCGUGCAUCGGGAUGGAGAAGUCCAGCUAAGGAUGGAGAAAUAUGGCUAUGGGAGUGAGACUCCAAUGACUGUUCAUCAGUUCAUGAGGGAAGCUGUCAUGAAAUAUGGAGAUUACAUGGCCCUUGGAACGAAAAAGAAAGAUUACUGGCACAUGCUGUCUUACAGAGAAUAUUACCUAGAGUGUAGGAAGGCCGCCAAGUCUUUUCUCAAGCUUGGCCUUGAGCGCUUCCAUGGCGUGGGGAUCCUGGGAUUUAAUUCUGCAGAAUGGCUCAUCGCCGACGUUGGCGCCAUCUUUGCUGGGGGACUGGCUGUUGGCAUUUAUAGCACCAAUUCUCCGGAAGCCUGUGAGUAUGUCAUUAACCACUCUCAGGCCAACAUCUUGGUGUUGGAGAAUGAAACACAAUUACAGAAGAUUCUCCAGGUUAGGGAAAAAUUAAGUCACCUGAAAGCAAUUGUCCAGUACAGGGAGGAGAUCAAAGUAAAGAGGCCAGACCUUUAUUCUUGGGAUGAAUUCAUGGCCCUGGGAGAGAGUGUGCCGGAUGAGAAGCUGGAAGAGGUCCUUGACACCCAGAAGCCCAACCAGUGCUGCACGCUGAUCUAUACCUCGGGGACCACCGGACCGCCUAAGGGGGUGAUGCUCAGCCACGACAACAUCACGUGGACGUCCAGCAUGGCGACGAGCAGCCUCACGUUGAAUUCUCCCCCGGAGCAUCAGGAGAUUGUGGUGAGCUACCUCCCCCUCAGCCACAUUGCUGCCCAGAUGAUGGACCUCUGGUUACCCAUGAAGAUUGGGGGCACCACGUACUUUGCUCAGCCCGAUGCCCUCAAGGGCACCUUGUCUACGACGUUACGAGAGGUGAGGCCCACGGCCUUCCUGGGAGUGCCCCGGGUCUGGGAGAAGAUGCAGGAGAAGAUGAAGGAAGCCAGCGCCAAUUCUUCCACAUUUAAGAAGAAAAUAGCCGCGUGGGCCAGAGCCACUGGUUUUCAGAAGCGCGUGAGACAGAUGAAUGGGGAGUCAUAUUUUUCCCUGAGCUACCAUCUGGCCAAGUGGUUGGUGUAUUCCAAAGUCCGUGUUGCCCUGGGCCUAGACCGCUGUGUCCAGUACUUCAGUGGGGCCGCCCCCAUCACCAAAGACACCCUGGAGUUUUUCCUGAGCUUAGACAUUCCUGUGUGUGAGCUGUACGGCAUGAGUGAGAGCUCGGGACCCCACACGAUCACCCACCGAGAUUGCUUCAAGCUGCUAAGCUGUGGGAAGGUGAUGCAUGGUUGUAAGAACGUGAUACAACAGAAGGACGAUGAGGCUGUCGGGGAGAUCUGCUUCUGGGGCCGCCAUGUCUUCAUGGGCUACCUGGACAUGGAAGACAAGACCAGGGAGGUGAUUGACGAAUGGGGCUGGCUUCGCUCUGGAGACCUUGGGAAAAUGGACAGCGAUGGCUUCCUUUACAUCACAGGCAGGAUCAAAGAGCUCAUCAUCACCGCUGGGGGGGAGAACAUCCCGCCUGUCCCCAUUGAGGACUUGGUCAAGGAGAAGAUUCCAAUCAUCAGCUUUGCCAUGUUGGUGGGCGACAAGGCCAAGUUCCUCAGCAUGCUCUUAACCCUUAAGUGCCAGGUCGACCUAACCACUGGGGAGCCUCAAGAUGACCUUUCACCUGAAGCCCUGGAUUUUUGCCAGCAGUUGGGGAGCAAGUCAAAAAAAGUGUCAGAUAUUGUAGAUGGCAAAGACCCCCUCGUUUAUGAAGCCAUUAAGAAGGGCAUUGAUGCGGUCAACAAGGAGGCCACCUCCAAUGCCCAGAAGAUCCAGAAAUGGAUGAUAUUAAAUAAGGACUUCUCCAUUGUUGGUGGAGAGUUGGGUCCCACCACAAAAGUGAAGAGGCCCGUAGUGACCAAAAUGUACCAAGAACAGAUCGAGAGCUUCUACCAAUAGCUUCAGGCCAACCAGCCAGAAGCUGCCCGUCCUUGUAAAACUUAAUUUUUCCAGCCUGGUAGGCUGUGCAAUGAACACUUCCAAUCCUACAGACUGGCGCUGAUGUCUCUGUCCAAGCCAGCAUGUCCGUCUGAGAGACGUGCUUCUCUGGGAGCGAACAAAGAGAGAAUAUUCUUAUUUGUAUACAUGUUGUCCAUUAUAUUUCUGGGUAUUUAGCCGUCCAGUUGGUCUGAGCUUGAGAACCUGGGCUUUGGGUGGGUGGACCCGGCUACCUCAGUUCUUUUAGGCUGUCCCCCCUAGGGGGAGCCUAUGGGUCAGAGCACAUAAAUUAUUUAUUCUUUACCAAAGUUUUUUGGCACUGAAUGUCAAGUUCCUUGUCUGCCUGCAUCCAUCAAGGAGGGGGUAGAGAUGUGGGUAUGGGCCUCUUGUAUCAAGCAGAGAACUUUUGACAUUAAACAUACAAACCUCUCUCCCUUUCCAGUUUUCUCAGGGUACAUCCAGAGGAAGAGGGGGGCAUCCAAGCAUCCCAGCAGGCAAACAGGGAUCUCUUCCUCCCUCUCUCCCCAGUUUUACCAGCAUGAUGGGUGUUCCUUCCAUUUCCUUGGUGGUGGCUGUCACUGGGUUGCAGUCUGCACAACUGAUAUACUUGUGGGUUGCUCAGCCCUUCUGGCUUCCCCCCUCCCUGCCCAGGCCCCCUAAUAAACCAGACCAGCCUUACUACGUCAAUGUGACAGCCAAGCCAGGGACCAGAUGAUCUUGGAGAGACCAUGGGUAGGUAGCUGAUACCAGCAAUUUAUUCCCCCAUAGGCCCUUUGCCCCCUUAAUAUGGCCCCGUUAUACAGUUCUGGGAUUUGGCUGCUUUCCUGGAAUCUGCCAAAGACAAAGCAGAGCAUGGAAUAAGGGGCCAUUUCAGGAGGGUAGCAGCCAGUGGGAUUUCCAGGUUGGGAUAGCUUUGUAUAGGUUAUGAUUUUUGCAUAGGAUCUUGGAUUUAGAAUUAGAAGGACCUUUGGUGACCACUCCUCCCACUCCAUCAUUUUUCAGAUAAAGAAAAACUGGGGACCAGAGAGGGAAAGUACCUUCCCCAAAGUGAUACAAGGUUGUAAGGGGCAGAGGCGAGAUUCAGACUCAGGUUCUCAGACUGCAAAGCCCCUGCUCCUUUUCCACUGUAGCAUGAUGCCUCCCUUUCCUACUCCAGUUCCAAGUAGAGCAGUGGGAGACUUUUCCCUGCUUUUGACACAUACUAGCAGUGCUCAACUCUAAAAUGAUGGGGCUAAAUGGGAUGGUGUUCAGCUCUUCACCUACAAACCCCAUUUAAUGAUCAGGAAAGGUUUAUGGAGUCCAAUGGAUUCCUAAUAAGGUGUUGAAGAAAUUUUUAGAAAGGAAAUUGUGCCUGGAUUCUCUAGCCCUGUCAAAGUAACAGGAGCCCAGAGGAGUCCCCAGCCUUUGCUCUGUACCAGCAAUGGCUGAGCACCAUCAUAGCCAUGAUAGUUAACAUCUGUCUAGGGCUUGAAGGUUUGCAAAUGGUUGUCUUAUUUGAUCUCUCAUCUGUGAGGAAGGUGCUGCUGUUAUUUCCAUUUUAUAGAUGGGGAAACUGAAGUAGGGACAUAUAUAGCUAGUGUCUGAGGUUGGAUUUGAACUUGGGUCUACCUGCCUCUCAAGUGUGGCACUGUCCACUACGCUACUCUGGACUGAGCUCUGGUAAGGGCAUCCGUACCCUUUGUGAAAGCAUGGGACCGGCAAAUUGGAGGCACCUUGCUGAAUUAAAAGACUUGUGGCUUGAGGGGCCCGGUGAGUUGUAUCAGCAAGUGACAGAUGGCUUGGCAGGGGCCUUGAUCAUUUGGAGAGAUCUUGUCUGGAGAUAAGGCCGGCCUUUACCAGGUAGCUCGGGAAGCCAGCAGUCAGCCCUUGACUAGAUUACCUGAGACUUGUAUCCUCUGAAAUGGAUGGUGGGGUUCGGAUGUCACUGGGCUCCACUUUCCACGAGUGCUGUCAAUCAAUAAAGCUUUUCUUUGACAAGUUCC